UGCAGUUCUGUCCACCCAUGUCCAUGGUGUGCCUUAACAUUUUGAAAUAGGUAAAGUUUUCAAAAUGUCUCAUAUUACAGGUAUUAAAUAUCACGGAGUUGAAUGCGAGACUGCAUCUUGCUUGGCAAACCCGAAAGUCUGGUUUGCAUCGUGGGAGUGCUACUGCCAGGGAUCAUGGCCUAUGUGUAUCACGUAACUCAGCAGCUUCACAAUGUGUGGCAUCUGGGCCUUGUUUGGAAGCGAUGAAUGCCUUUCUGUGCAGUGUCUGAGUGCCAUGAAGAUAGCUCAUAGAGGUCCUGAUGCAUUUCGUUUUGAGAAUGUCAAUGGAUUCACCAACUGCUGUUUUGGUUUCCACCGCCUUGCGGUUGUUGACCAGCUGUAUGGCAUGCAGCCGAUCCGGGUGAAGAAGUUCCCUUAUCUGUGGCUGUGUUACAAUGGAGAAAUCUACAAUUUUAAACAGUUGCAGAAGCAGUUUGGAUUUGAGUAUCAAACGCUGGUGGAUGGUGAGGUUAUCCUUCAUCUUUACAACAGAGGAGGGAUAGAACAAACAGCAUCCAUGCUGGAUGGUGUAUUUGCUUUCAUCCUUCUGGACACAGCAAACAGAAAAGUGUUUCUUGCAAGAGACACCUAUGGAGUCAGACCACUGUUUAAGGUGCUGACUGAUGAUGGAUUUUUGGGUGUCUGUUCUGAGGCAAAAGGACUUAUCAACUUAAAGCAUUCAACAUCCUUAUUUCCUAAAGUGGAACCAUUUCUUCCGGGUCAUUAUGAAGUGCUGGAUUUGAAGCCCUCUGGCAAGGUUGCGUCAGUGGAAGUAGUAAAGUUUCAUAGCUAUAAAGAUGAGCCACUCCAUGCUGCUUGUGAUACAGUGGAAAAUCUGCCUUCAGGCUUUGAUCUUGAAACAGUGAAGAGCAACAUCCGUGUUCUGUUUGAAAAUGCUGUUAGAAAGCGUUUGAUGGCUCACAGAAGGAUUGGUUGUCUUUUGUCAGGAGGCUUAGAUUCCAGCUUGGUUGCAGCUGUUCUUCUGAAACUGAUGAAAGAAAUGAACAUAAAAUAUCCACUACAAACCUUUGCAAUUGGGAUGGAAAACAGUCCUGAUUUACUGGCUGCCAGAAAGGUGGCAGCUCAUAUAGGCAGUGAACAUCAUGAAGUAAUAUUUAAUUCUGAAGAGGGAAUUCAGGCAGUAGAGGAGGUUAUCUUUUCUUUGGAAACCUACGAUAUAACAACAGUAAGAGCUUCAAUUGGUAUGUAUCUUGUCUCCAAAUAUAUACGCAAGAAAACAGACAGUGUGGUCAUUUUUUCGGGAGAAGGAUCAGAUGAGUUGACUCAAGGAUAUAUAUAUUUCCAUAAGGCACCAUCUCCUGAGGAGGCUGCAGAAGAGAGCGAGAGGCUUCUGAAGGAGCUCUACCUGUUUGAUGUACUUCGUGCAGACAGAACUACUGCAGCACAUGGUCUUGAGCUAAGAGUCCCAUUUUUGGAUCAUCGCUUUACUUCUUACUAUUUAUCUCUACCAGCAGAACUGCGAAUCCCAAAGAAUGGAAUCGAAAAAUACCUUUUAAGACAGUCCUUUGAAGAUUCCAACUUGCUUCCCAAAGAAAUACUCUGGAGACCCAAAGAAGCUUUCAGUGAUGGUAUAGCAUCAGUAAAGAAAUCCUGGUUUUCUAUUCUUCAGGACUAUAUUGAUCAACAGGUUGAUGACCUUCUGCUGGAAAAGGCAGCAGAGAAAUAUCCUUUCAAUCCUCCUAGAACAAAAGAAAGUUACUACUACCGUCAGAUCUUUGAGAAGCACUACCCAGGGCGAAGCAGCUGGCUGCCCCACUACUGGAUGCCAAGAUGGGUUAAAGCAACUGAUCCUUCUGCUCGCACACUGAAACAUUACAAGUCAGCUGCUCAAGAGUAGCUGUUGAUAGAAUCAAUCCUAAAUACAAGUGCUGCAAGCAAUUUGCAUGCGCUCUCCUUUUAAAAGAAAAAAUAAAUAUGCAAAUCUAAAGCUUAAGUGGUCUUUGAGAUAGAUUUUGAAAAUGCUAUUGAAAGUAAGAGCUUUCUGUAGUUAUUCUAUUACAAAAUUCAUCCUUCUGUACCAAAAUUUUGAAAUUAAUGGGAAAAUACUUUUUGGAAAACUUUGGUUCCUUAUGUGAUGGUCUCAAAUGUAUUGAUUUGCCUCGUAGUCAUCUAACAUAUUUUAUUGUGAACUCUGCAUUGAGGACUCAAGGCAAAGUGACGCAAACUGUUGUUGGUCCUGUGAGAAUAAGGCAAGUUCACCUGAGCUGUUCAGAGAUCUGUAUGCCUCAGUGUGGGGUUUGGAUAUAUUACUCUGUUCUGAAUGUCUUUCAAGUAAUUCAUGAGAACCUUGGUAUAGUUUUGAAAAGAAUACGUAUCUAUGCAGAGGUGCUUACUAGAGUUGAUAAUGGUGGUGGUGCUGGAUCAUACUUAAAUGAAACUAAUGGGAAUCUUGUUAGCGUAAAGCCACAAGUUGUCCCUUUUGAAUCUUUUAAAUAUACCACCUGUCUGAGGUUAGCUGUGACUAUUAUUGAAGAGAAGCUGAGUUACGUCUUUGUUUCUAACUCAGGGGCUUCAAUUUUUAAAUGUAUUUAUUAUUCUUGAAAAUAGAGCGUUAACGGGGUGAUUUGUGUCAGUCUGAUGGAAGUUACUAUGACUAUUUUACUAUGACUAAAUAUUUUAAGCAUUUUUUCACUUACUGUGAGAUGGAAAGGUAGCCUGUUGCCGCUCAGCUGCGUGUCAUCGACUGUGUGGUGAGCCAGCCCUCAGCCAUAGGUCGUCAGACAAAGCACCUUUGAAGACAAUGGGAUUAGGGACCUUGCUUAAGAAAAUGGAAAAAGGAAAAGAAAAGAAAAGAAGAAAGACUUCAUAAAGCAUAAGAAUUUUUAAUGCUCUACCAAAAAAAAAAAUUUUUUUUUUUUUUUUUACUCAGGACAAGUUUUUAAUAAUUAUGUAGGAACAGGGGCUUUUUUAAAGGUAACUUGAAACAAAAGUAUGAGCA